AUGUACAGAAUAGAUGUUUCAGAUUUUUAUGACUUCCAAACAUUCAGAAAUAUGUGUCCAUUUCGAGACUAUAACAAAGCAGUCGAGAAUUUGAAACGUUUAGUCAUUUAUGUCGACUCUGCCCCAGAAUGUUAUGUUAUGAAAGAAUGGGAUGUUGUCUUUAACAAACCUAAAGCGACAAUAGUUUCAGAACAAGAAUGUAGACAGAAACUUAAGAAAAUAAAAGUCGUACAAGUUGGCAUGAAGAUGUUAGAUGCUUGGGAUAUCUUAUUGUCAAAACUUGAAGAUUUUUCAGUUCGUGGUAUAAAGUUCUAUACACCUUCUCCAAACUUCUAUUCUAUCUUCACUGGAUAUAAAUACGAACAAGUAGAAUGGAAAGAAAAUAUUAUAGAAGCUUGGUUAGACCAUGUCAAAGAAAUUAUAUGCAAUGGAAACGAAAGAGUCUAUGAGUAUAUCUUAUGUUGGUUUGCAAACAUCUUACAACAUCCAAGUGCUAAAAAUGAAACUGCUCUCAUUAUAAUUGGAAAACAAGGAACAGGUAAGAACACUUCUUUACAGAUAUCUUAUGCAAACU